GGGGGGUGGGUACGUAGUCGAGCAGCGUUGGAAGGGCCGUUUGCAUGUAAACAAAGCAGACUGCUGGAGUGGAUUAAGUUUAUACCAUCGAAAUACUGUGUGUUUUUCUUUUGCAUCGGAGACAUUAUUUCCAUAAACAAGCCUUAUCUACAUCUCGCAGGAAAAUAGUGUGUUGCCUGGUCUGUUGCGUGCUGAAAGUAUCGAAAUAUGCGCUCGGGCCUUGGACUAGAGUAAAGUUGUAAGCGGACUCUACAACUUCUUCAUCCUCGCUGACGGCGCCUGUCACACGGCACUGGGCCCUUGCGGCCUUGCCUUGUGGAUGAGGAAGUGAAGCGCUUCAACCCACCCAGGAGAAAGGAACCCAUUUCAUGGGCACAUCCUCUUUCCUGGACUCCUGGGUGAACCGAAGAGAUUUCAAAAUGGAUGCAGCUCUGGAGUCGAUAAUGCAGGACCUUGCUGAGCUGCACCGCUCUAGCAAGCCUGCUGCCACCCUGCUGGAGCUGGCCAAGCCCAAGGCCUCCUCGCCCAAGAACCAGAAUGACGUUCGGGUGAAGUUUGAGUACAGGGGGGAGAAGAGGAUUCUGCAAUUCCCUCGGCCCCUGCGCCUGGAUGACCUGAGCUCUAAGGCCAAGGUGGCCUUUGGUCAGACGAUGGACCUGCACUACACCAACAACGAGCUGGUGAUCCCGUUGACCACUCAGGAUGACCUGGACAAGGCCGUGGAGCUGUUGGAUCGCAGCGUCCACAUGAAGAGCCUGAAGAUCCUGCUGGUGCUGCAGAACUCAUCACAGAACUCUGUGUCCAGUAUGGAUCUGCUGCCAUCUCACGAGAGCCUGGACAACACGGACUUCAGAGGUUCUACAGACCGCAGUUCCCCUCCCCCUGGCUACAUCCCUGACGCCCUACAGCAGGUGGCCAGGAACGGCUCCUUCACCAGCAUCAACAGCGAAGGGGAGUUCAUCCCCGAGAGCAUGGAUCAGAUGCUGGACCCGUUGUCUAUGAGCAGUCCUGAGAACUCUGCUUCGGGGAGUUGUCCCUCUCUCGACAGCCCCUUAGACAGUGACAGCUACCCCAAGUCCCGGAUGCCCCGCGCACAGAGUUACCCCGACAACCACCAGGACUUCCCAGAAUAUGACAUCCCGGUCUUUGAGAAGUCUGGGAAGGGCGGCACAUAUCCUCGCCGAUACCACGUCCCCUUUGGCCUGCAGGACUAUAGCGAUGGCCGCAAGACGUUCCCGCGUGCGCGGCGUACGCAGGGCCAGGGCGUGCGCUCGCCGGUCAGCUUCAGCCCCGUGGAGCAGCAGUCCCCCAGCACCAGCAGCGGCAGCAGCAUCUUCAGCCCCGAGCUGGACGAGCCUGGAGGAGGAGGUGGUGGAGGAGGAGGAGGAGGAGGUGGUGGUGGAGGAGGAGGUGGUGGGGGGUUCAGGAGGCGACGGGGCUCCGACAUCGAGCCCAGCCCCCAGCCGCCAGCGGCGCCCAACUCGGCCCCCAGUACCUCCGCCACCACGCUCUCGCUCAUGGACAUCAGCCCGCCCAGCCGCUCUCCGCGGGCGCCCACCAACUGGCGUCUGGGUAAGCUGUUGGGCCAGGGGGCGUUUGGCCGCGUGUUUCUCUGCUACGACGCCGACACUGGACGAGAGCUCGCCGUCAAACAAGUGCAGUUCGACCCAGACAGCCCAGAGACCAGCAAGGAGGUGAAUGCUCUGGAGUGGGAGAUCCAGCUGUUGAAGAACCUGUGCCAUGAGCGGAUCGUGCAGUACUACGGCUGUCUACGGGACACGCACGAGAGAACGCUCUCCAUCUUCAUGGAGUACAUGCCAGGGGGUUCGAUAAAGGACCAGCUGAAGUCAUACGGGGCUCUGACGGAGAAUGUGACGCGUAAAUACACGCGGCAGAUCCUGGAGGGAGUGUCCUACCUGCACAGCAACAUGAUCGUCCACCGGGACAUCAAAGGGGCCAACAUCCUGCGUGACUCCGCGGGCAACGUGAAGCUGGGCGACUUUGGCGCCAGCCGGCGACUGCAGACGAUCUGCCUGUCGGGCACGGGCAUCAAGUCGGUAACGGGCACACCCUACUGGAUGAGCCCCGAGGUCAUCAGCGGAGAGGGCUACGGACGCAAGGCAGACAUCUGGAGCGUGGGCUGCACGGUGGUGGAGAUGCUGACGGAGCGUCCGCCGUGGGCCGAGUUCGAGGCCAUGGCGGCCAUCUUCAAGAUCGCCACGCAGCCCACCAACCCGGCGCUGCCGGCCUUCGUCUCUGACCACUGCCGGGACUUCCUCAAGCGCAUCUUCGUGGAGACCAAGCAGCGGCCGCCCGCCGAGGACCUGCUCAGGCACAUCUUUGUUCACUAGGACGAACGGACUUGGGUUUUUUUUUACCCCCAACCUCACCCCCAAUUACCCCCAAAACGCUCCAUGAACUGCACCCCUAAAAAGGUGGUCUAUUCUCCACAUACCAACCCAAUCCUUCAUCCCCUCCCCCAAUUCUCUCCCCUAAAUGCUCCACGAACUACACCCCUAAAAAGGUGCCCCCCCAUCCCAGCUCUAGUCUCUACAUCCCUACCCAAUCCUUCAUCCCCUCCCCCAAUUCUCUCUGCCCACCCCCACCUCCACCCCCAAACGCUCCGUGAACUGUUCCCCUAAAAUGGGGUAUCCUCUCCCCAGUUCUCCUCCAAAUCCUUUUUCACUUUCCUUUUUUGUACGCUGUCCUCCAUUCGCAAUCCUAAAUCCCCACCCCGCCCCGCAUCCAAUCCUCCCCACUCCCCAUCGCUCUCUAGUUCCAAGAACUGUGCCCCAAAAACGGUUCUCCUCUCCUCCCCUUAACCCUACCUCUCCACAUCCCAACCCAGUCCUAUUUGACACACCCCCCCUGUCCUCUGCACCGCUCUCUCCCGGCCUCCACACAUCUGUUCCGACAGCACUGCGGAGCACUUUCGGUUCCGACAAUUUUGGUUAGCUCCGCACACAACUUCACCACAGCAGAGCUCGGAUAAUCAAUGGGUGGCUGCGUCAAAAUAGAGCUCUGCCCAAAUCGACAGCUGACAUCCGUGGACAUCGGUGCCAGUGUGCGGAGUUGUAUUGGAAACAGUAGAAUCGAACUUAGGCAGAGUAGUGUCAGAACCAAUGUGCGGAGGACCUUAUUCCAUGAACUGUCCCCUUCAAACGGUUUUCUUCUUUUCCCCUCAACCCUAACUCUCCACAUCCCAACCUAGUCCUAUAUUUCAUACACACCUCCCUCACUUCCUCCUCAGUCCUCCGUACCACUCUCUUGUUCCAUGAACUCUCUACCCCUAAACACCUACCCUCUUCUCAUCCCCCACACAAUCGAUUUUAAACCUCUUCUCAUCUCAUUUCCUCUCCUCCCUUAUUCACAAUCCUCAACCCCACCCCACCACUCAAGUUCACUCUCCCCCCCCUUCUCUUCCCCCACUUCCAUGCACACUCCCUCUCCCCUUACCUCCCCCUUACCUCCCCUAGCCUCCUGAUUGGACAAGAGAGAAUUCUGGGACAAGCUACAGAGGAGUAACUACUUGCAUUUCUCUCUCCCUCUCUCCCUCUGUCUCUCUUUCUCUGAAAUAUUGGAGUGGAGCUUUUUUUUGCGUUUGUUUUAUUUUUGAUUUUUAUGUUCGAAUUCUGAAAACGUUGCACCUUAUUUUCCCAAAAGGGGCCCAGAGACUGAGUCCCCUGAGACUGUCGAUGUUGGAAACUGUUUUAUGACUUGUAUGACUUUUCUAUACGUUCUCCUGGCGAGGAGAUGAAGAGGAGGAUGAGAUGAUGAUUAUGAUGAUGAGGAGGAGAAGAACAGAUGGACGGACGGAUGGAUGGAUGGAGUGAUGGAGAGGUUCCGAGGAGGAGAAGAGAAGUAGGAGGCCUAAGUGGCUUUAGAACUUAAGAACUUGGUACCGUCUGUCUGUUCUGUGUUUAGAACCAGCGAGAUUGAGAUCGAUGUGGUCCAGACACAACCCAGAAUGUAUCACCCAGCCCCAGAAGAACCACUGGGGCCCCACCACGCUGCUAAACACAAUCACACACACACACACCACACCACACCACACCACACACACCCAACACACACACACACACACCACACACACACACACACAUAUUAAUGCCAUUUACUCACACAAAAAAAGAAAAUCAAAACACCAACGAACAACACAGACCACAGGGUAUGGAGAAAAAAAACAACCUCCCACUCGCUCCUAGUUUAGCUCCUCCAGCGGCUUGUAUGCUUUCGCAUAGUCUCCGUUAAAAAUGACGCACACACACACACUCCCAGACGGUUACAUUUGUGCACAUACGGCUACAUACACAAAUACAUGACACACUCCAAUACAUGAACAUACCAUCACCCACAGAAACAUGCAUAUACUGUACACACAUGAUGAAAUAAUUUCAUGUGAAAUGCAUAUAUAAAUAUAUUCACACACGCCCACACACAUUUUCAUAUGCAGUACAUACACAGACACACACACCUUGUCCUUCCUUUCAGAGUGCUUUUAGUGUAUUUUAUCUCACAAUGCUGUAAAACAACUCAAUCUGCUGGACUGUUCUCUUCGAAGCACCGUUUCCUAGCAACCAGUCAGUGUCUUUUUUUUUUUUUUCUCUCUUCGUGCGUCACGAUUUCUGUCUGUUUUUUUUGCACCGUACUCACCAUACUGUACUGUACUGUACUGUACUGUACUUACCAACCCAGUCACACUUCCACCCAACCAUGCAGCCUUUCUCUGUCUCGCUCUCUCUCGCUCUCUCUCUCUCUCUCUCU